UUGAGUUCUCAUAUAUUGUUUCACAUCUAUAACAUUUGUAAUAGUGACUGUUUUGACUUCCAGAGCGUAUUAUUGCCAUGUCAUUCCCAUCUUCUGGAAAGCAGUCUUUCUACAGGAAUCCCAUUAAGGAAGUUGUGCGGUUCCUGGAUACCAAGCACCCAAACCACUAUCAAGUCUACAAUCUCUGCAGUGAAAGAGCUUAUGAUCCUAAGUACUUCCAUCAUAGGGUCCAUCGAUACUUGAUUGAUGAUCACAAUGUCCCCUCUCUGAGUGAGAUGGUGGCGUUCUCCAUGGAAGUGAAAGAGUGGAUGGCUCAAGACAAAGACAAUAUCAUAGUGGUUCACUGUAAGGGGGGCAAAGGAAGAACUGGAACUAUGGUCUGUGCCUACCUUCUUGCCAGUGAGAUAUUUGCCACCGCGGAGGACAGCCUGUAUUAUUUUGGAGAACGGCGAACAGAUAAAUCCACAAGCAGUAAAUUUCAGGGAAUAGAGACUCCUUCUCAGAAUAGAUUCGUUGAAUAUUUUGCAAUGGUGAAAAAUAUCUACAAUUUGACUCUUCCUCCAAUAAAAAAACUCAGGAUCAAAAAAAUUGUGAUUUAUUCAAUUCAUGGUGUUGGAAAAGGCAAUGGACAUGAUCUAAAAGUACAAAUAAUAAUGCAACGAAAGACUGUCUUUUUCUGUUCUACUUCCAAAAACUGUAGGAUAUUUCAUGAUGCUGAAACAGACAGAGUAAUAAUCUUGCUCUCUAACUGCCCACCUCUGUGUGAUGAGGUAAAAGUGAAAUUUUUCUCUUCUUCGGCUCUUCCUAAAUACUACGACAACUGUGCAUUCUUCUUCUGGUUCCAUAUGUCUUUUAUACAAAAUAACAGGCUUUAUCUAUCAAGAAGUGAAUUGGAUAAUCCCCAUAAAAUAAAAGCAUGGAAAACUUACAGUCCAGAGUUUGCAGUCGAGGUAUAUUUUGAUGACAUUUAAGUUGUUCCUGGUAUCUGAUUAAGUAUAGUUCCC